AUUAGAAAAGAAUAAAAUAAAAUUGGAAAACCUUUAGCGAGAGAGAGAGAGAGAGAGAGAGGGAGAGAACAGGGAUGUUGAACGGAAUAGAGGACGAAGAGAAAUGGCUGGCGGAAGGCAUUGCCGGUAUUCAACACUACGCUUUUUUUAUGCAUCGAGCUUUGGAUUCUAAUAAUCUUAGGGAAGCUCUCAAGUACUCGGCUCAGAUGCUAUCGGAGCUCCGGACCUCCAAACUCCCUCCUCACAAAUACUAUGAGCUUUAUAUGCGAGCUUUUGAUGAAUUGAAGAGAUUGGAGUUGUUCUUCAAAGACGAUAGCAAACAUGGUGUCUCUGUGGUUGAUCUGUACGAGCUAGUUCAACAUGCCGGCAAUAUUUUGCCUAGAUUGUAUCUUCUAUGUACGGUAGGAUCUAUCUAUAUCAAAUCCAAGGAAGCCCCUGCUAAGGAAAUUCUUAAAGACCUUGUGGAAAUGUGUCGUGGAGUUCAACAUCCUAUACGUGGACUCUUUUUAAGGAGUUACCUUGCUCAAAUAAGUCGAGAUAAGUUACCAGAUAUUGGUUCCGAGUACGAGGGUGAUGCUGACUCUGUGAUGGAUGCUGUGGAAUUUGUGCUGCAGAAUUUCACUGAGAUGAAUAAACUUUGGGGGCGAAUGCAGCAUCAGGGACCUGGUAGAGUUAGAGAGAAGCGGGAAAAGGAAAGGAGCGAACUUCAAGAUCUUGUAGGGAAAAACCUCCAUGUUCUCAGUCAGAUAGAAGGGGUGGACCUUGAGAUGUACAAAGAAACAGUUCUUCCCAGAGUCUUAGAGCAGGUUGUCAAUUGCAAAGAUGAUCUUGCCCAAUAUUAUCUGAUGGAUUGCAUAAUUCAGGUGUUCCCUGAUGAAUAUCACUUGCAGACACUUGAGACAUUGAUGAGUGCUUGCCCCCAGCUCCAGCCAACAGUGGAUGUCAAGACUGUUUUGUCUCGACUAAUGGACAGGCUUUCAAAUUAUGCUGCCUCAAGUGCAGAUGUAUUACCUGAAUUUCUACAAGUGGAAGCCUUCUCUAAGUUGAGCAAUGCGAUUGGGAAGGUCAUAGAAGCUCAGGUAGACAUGCCUGCUGUUGGAGCUAUAACUUUGUAUGUAUCUCUUCUUACAUUUACACUUCGUGUUCAUCCUGAUCGACUUGAUCAUGUGGAUCAAGUGCUGGGAGCCUGUGUUAAGAAGCUCUCUAACAUACCAAAACUUGAAGAUAGGUGGGCAAUGAAACAAGUGGUUGCACUUUUGAGUGCUCCACUGGAGAAAUACAAUGAUAUAGUAACAGCCUUAACACUUUCUAAUUAUCCACGUGUAAUGGACCAUCUUGAUAUUGGAACAAAUAAAGUCAUGGCAAUGGUUAUCAUUCAAAGCAUCAUGAAGAACUACUCUUGCAUUUCAACUGCAGACAAGGUUGAGGUUUUGUUUGAAUUAAUAAAAGGACUCAUUAAGGACAUUGAUGGUGCUGAUGUGGAAGAGCUUGAUGAGGAGGAUUUUAAAGAGGAACAAAAUUCAGUUGCUCGACUCAUACACAUGCUUUAUAAUGAUGAACCAGAGGAAAUGUUCAAGAUUAUAUGUAUUGUAAGGAAGCAUACUAUGGCCGGUGGACCAAAACGCCUACCCUUUACAGUUUCUUCACUUGUUUUUUCAGCACUUAGGUUGGUUAGGCAAUUGCAAGGUCUGGAGGGGGAUAUAGUGGGAGAAGAUAUGCCAGUGACACCUAAGAAAAUUUUUCAGCUCUUGACGCAGAUGAUUGACUCUCUAUCAGCUGUUCCAUCACCUGAACUUGCAUUAAGGUUGUACCUGCAAUGUGCUGAGGCGGCUAAUUGCUGUGAUCUUGAACAUCUUGCAUAUGAAUUCUUCACUCAGGCGUUUGUAUUAUAUGAAGAAGAAAUUGCGGACUCCAAAGCCCAAGUGACCGCUAUUCAUCUGAUAAUUGGGACACUCCAGAGGAUGAAUGUAUUUGGUGUUGAGAACCGAGAUACUUUGACACACAAAGCCACAGGAUAUUCAGCUCGGCUAUUGAAGAAGGCCGAUCAGUGCAGAGCUGUUUAUGCAUGUUCCCAUCUUUUCUGGGUUGACGAUCAAGACGGCAUAAAGGAUGGGGAGAGGGUUCUGCUUUGCCUAAAGCGAGCUUUGAGAAUUGCAAAUGCCGCUCAGCAAAUGGCGAAUGCCGCUCGAGGUAGCGGUGGGCCUGUUACACUCUUCGUUGAGAUUUUGAACAAGUACCUCUAUUUCUUUGAAAAAGGGAAUCGGCAAAUCACCAGCUCCGCUAUCCAAGGCCUGAUAGAAUUAAUUAAUACCGAGACACAGAGUGAUUCAACAAACCCUGAUAGCAUUUCGGAUGCUUUCCUUGCCAGCACGUUGCGUUACAUUCAGUUCCAGAAACAAAAAGGCGGUAUAACGGGCGAGAAAUUCGAAUCCAUUAAACUUUAAAUCCUCGAGUUAUUCUGGGGUCGGAAUUCACGUUUGUUCUUUUUUAUAUCCAACCGUUGCUAAGUUAUCUGAUUGAGGUGCUGGAAAUGAGCCAAAUCGUUUUUCAAAUAACA